CGUGAAGUGGGCGUUGCCGGGGCAACGGCUCUGCAUCCGCACUCCCUGCCCAGUAAAAGCCUCGGGGAGGGCAGUGAUGUGUAGCUGCGCUCUGACAGAAGGCUACUGCAGGAAAAAUGGGGAGACCCAGACAGAUGUCCUGAAACAACGUGCUAGUGUGUGGAUCUCUGGCUGUGGAACAACGGUGAAGAAGAAGGCUGUGGGGCAAUGGCAAAAGGCCCCUGCUCAGCAUGUCCGCCCAGAGAUUCCCCUGCCUUCCCAGCUGCCCCUGCGGAACAGUGUGAAAGGAUGAUGUGAUGGAGAUGAACAUGGGCCACUGGUCAGGCACACGGCCCCCUCCACCUUGCCUUGCCCUUCUGCUUGCCAAGCUCCUGGCCUCUCUCUUCCAGGUAGCACAUGGAGCCACCCCGCUUGGCUUUCACUUCACACAUUCCACUUACAAUGCAACUGUGUAUGAGAAUUCGGCAGCCAGGACCUACGUCAACAGUCAAACGAGAAUGGGCAUUACCCUGUCCGACCUUUCUUGGGAUAUCAAGUACAGGAUAGUGUCUGGUGAUGAUGAGGGUUUUUUUAAAGCAGAGGAAGUUGUCAUUGCUGACUUUUGCUUCCUGAGAAUAAGGACUAAAGGUGGAAAUUCUGCUAUAUUAAACAGAGAAAUCCAGGACAACUAUUUAUUGCUAGUGAAAGGAUCUGUCAGAGGGGAGGACUUGGAAGCAUGGACAAAAGUGAACAUCCAGGUUUUGGAUAUGAAUGACUUAAGACCUUUGUUUUCACCAACCACGUACUCUGUCACAAUAGCAGAAAGCACUCCAUUGAGGACUAGCAUUGCACAGGUGACUGCAACAGAUGCGGAUAUUGGGUCCAAUGGUGAAUUUUAUUAUUAUUUCAAAAGCAAAGUUGAUCUCUUCUCGGUACAUCCUACGAGUGGUGUUAUCUCCUUAAGUGGCCGGUUAAACUAUGAUGAAAAAAACAGGUACGAUCUUGAGAUUUUGGCUGUAGACCGUGGGAUGAAGCUUUAUGGAAAUAACGGUGUAAGCAGUACAGCUAAGCUUUAUGUUCACAUUGAACGUAUAAAUGAACAUGCUCCAACAAUAAGUAUAGUAACGCAUAUUCCCUUCCCAUCAGACAAGGAGCCUACCUAUGCAGUCAUUAACAUUGAUGAUCUAGAUGAAGGAGCCAAUGGAGAAAUUGAAUCUGUUUCAAUUGUGGCUGGAGAUCCGCUAGAGCAGUUCUUUCUGAUUAAAGAAGGCAAAUGGAUGAAUGAGUACAAAAUCAAAGAAAGAAAGCCUAUUGACUGGGACAGCUUCCCCUAUGGUUACAAUCUGACUCUCCAAGCAAAAGACAAAGGAUCUCCUCAGAAAUUUUCUGCAGUCAAACUGGUCCACAUUGCUAGUCCCAAGAAAGAAAGUAUCCCCUUGAAGUUUGAAAAGGAAGCAUAUGAUGUUUCAAUCAGUGAAUUUUCACCUCCAGGUGUGGUGGUUGCAGUCGUUAAGCUGAUGCCUGAGCCCCUGGGUGUGGAAUACAGAAUAUCUCCUAGUGAGGGUGCUGAGAAUUUUAAGAUCAAUCCCAUCACAGGCCUCAUUACUACUGCUCGUUCUUUAAAAAUCAUUGAGAAGGACCUCUAUGAGUUAGAAGUGUAUACCAACAAAGGGGAUGAUUUAAAAGCACAGGUUACCAUCAGGCUAGAAGAUGCCAAUGAUCACACACCGGAAUUCCAGCAGCCUUCGUACAGCUCAUUCGUCAAUGAAAGUGUCCCCGUGGGGUUUAGCGUUUUGGCAGUUUCAGCAGUCGAUAAAGACAGGGGAGAAAAUGGAUACAUAACAUACAGCAUUGCCAGUCUGAACUCACUGCCAUUUAUUAUAAAUCAGUUUACAGGUGUCAUCAGCACAUCUGAAGAACUGGAUUUUGAGUCCUCACCAGAAAGCUACAGGUUCAUUGUGAGGGCUUCCGACUGGGGUUCUCCCUACCGGCAUGAAAGCGAGGUGAAUGUUACCAUAUACAUAGGCAAUGUCAAUGAUAACAAACCCCUCUUUGAAAAAGUGGCGUGCCAGGGAGUGAUUUCAUCUGACUUCCCUGUCGGUGGUCACAUUACUGCUGUUUCUGCUAUAGACAUAGAUGAGUUAGAGCUUGUAAAGUACAAAAUAAUCUCUGGAAAUGAGCUUGGCAUUUUUUAUUUAAAUCCUGAUUCUGGUGUCCUGCAACUUAAAAAAUCGCUUAUUAGUUCUGGCAUAAAGAACAGCAACUUUGGCCUUAAGAUAACAGCCACUGAUGGAGAGAACUUUGCUGAUGCAAUGUUUGUUAAUAUUUCAGUAGUUCACGGGAAAGUAUCAUCAAAGACAUUUAGCUGUAGAGAGACAAGAGUUGCACAAAGGCUAGCAGAAAAAUUGCUCAAAAAGGCAAAAGCAAACGUGAAGUUGAAUUUAGAAGACGGUUUUCUCGAUUAUUAUUCGGUGAACAGGCAGGCACCACAUUUUGACAAAACCUUCCCAACUGAUGUGAUGGUUUCAGAGGAUCUGCCAGUUGGUGCCACUAUCCUGAGGAUAAAAGCCUAUGAUGCAGACUCAGGCUUUAAUGGAAGGGUAGUUUAUACAAUUUCUGAUGGUAAUGCAGAUAGUUGUUUCAACAUUGACAUAGAGACAGGGGUACUAAAAGUUCUUAUGCCGCUGGACCGUGAAAAAACAGAUCUCUAUAUCCUUAACAUUACAGUUUAUGAUUUAGGUAACCCACAGAAAUCAGCGUGGAGGCUGUUGACUGUCACUGUAGGGGAUGCAAAUGAUAACAAGCCUAUUUUUUUACAGGACAGUUACUCAGUUAACAUUUUAGAAAGUACAAGUAUUAGUACAGAAAUUAUACAAGUAGAAGCCAGAGACAAAGACCUUGGGUCCAACGGGGAAGUGACUUACUCAGUUCUGACGGACACCCAGCAGUUUGCCAUCAACAGUUCUACGGGAGUGGUGUAUGUGGCUGAUCAACUAGAUCGGGAAACAAAAGCAAACUACACCCUAAAAAUUGAGGCUAGGGAUAAAGCAGAGAGCGGCCAUCAGCAGUUUUCUGUUGUGCCUCUGAAGGUGUUUUUAGAUGACGUGAAUGAUUGUUCUCCAGCCUUCAUCCCAUCCAGUUACAAUGUGAAGGUGCUUGAGGACCUGCCAGUUGGCACUGUCAUAGCUUGGUUGGAAACCCACGAUCCAGAUCUCGGCUUGGGAGGUCAGGUCCGAUACUCACUGGUGAAUGAUUACAAUGGGCGUUUUGAGAUAGACAAAGCCAGUGGAGCUAUCCGCUUGAGCAAAGAGCUGGAUUAUGAAAAGCAGCAGUUCUACAACCUGACUGUGCGCGCCAAGGACAAGGGACGCCCAGUUUCUCUCUCUUCAGUUUCUUUCGUGGAAGUGGAAGUGGUGGAUGUUAAUGAAAAUCUCUAUGCUCCCUAUUUUCCUGACUUUGCUGUCACUGGAUCUGUAAAGGAAAACUCCCGCAUUGGUACAAGUGUUUUGCAAGUUGUUGCUCGAGAUGAGGACUCUGGAAGGGAUGGGGAGAUCCAGUAUUCCAUCAGGGAUGGCAGUGGACUGGGGAGAUUCAGCAUAGAUGAAGAGACUGGUAAGUUUUGUUUCUAAUAUCAUUUUCCCUUUAUAGAGAUUUUUGCAAAAGGAAAGCUUAGGCAUUAUUAUUUUCUACUCAGAACAAGAAAUUCAUGUCUUCUUAAUAGGAAAGAUAAAGUUAUAAAUAAGAAUAUUCCAGGCACAGCAAUGACAUGAUUUAAUUAUCUGCUUACAUUCAUCAUUCUGCGGGUGUGAAAUAAUGUACAUUGCUUUUCAGUAGCUGUGUAAUGACUCCAUUUAAAAAACAGUGAUAGUUCCAUAAGGUCUUUUUUGCAACACGGUAUUACCUGUUGAUCAUUCUAAGGUGCUCAGGUCACCUCAACAGAGUCACAACACUCAUGACCUUGAAUGUAGUGUUAAAUCCAGUGGAAGGAAGGAAGAGGCAAGAAAUAAGACUGGCUUCAUUGACUUGUUUUUGGUGAGGGUAAUUUUUUAUGGGACUCAGUAGACUGGAAUGAGAUGCCAUUCUGCAUCAUGUACUGUACUGUAGCACAUGGUCCUCGUCAGUGUAGGCAUGCUUGUGUAAAGGCAGAAAUACAGGGUAAAAUAUGCUCAGCCUGUGGUAGCUUUUCCUUGGUGUCAGUAUCAUUGACAGAGCGAAGAUUUUUAAGAAGAUUUUAAGAUUUAAAAGACCACCCAAUAAAACAUAGCUAACAAGCUGGCUGUUUAAAUGUUUGAUAGCUGUUGAGAGCAACGGUGCAGCUGUGAUACUAGAAGAAGUAAUAUUAGAAAAUUUUAGCCAACAGUUUCAAAAAUUAUAUUAGAUAUGUUGAGUCUGUGGGCUUACUGUGGUUUAAGCAGACUUUGUAUGUCUUAUUUUGCUGAAGCUUUUACUUGUGAAUGUUGUAUUAAAGCAUAAGAUUAACAUGUAUGUUUUGACAAAUUCAAACUGUUUAAUCGAAUGACAACUUUCUAAACUGAACGUUAUGAAAAACAGAUGACAUUACAAAUGCAAAUGGAUCUUGUCUGAACAUAAGCAGUGAAAAAUAUUUUUAUUCUAUUUGUGCUGUAACCUCUGAGCUGCAACUGUGCACAGAUGAUAGUCAAAGAAACAUUAAAGUUGAAUGUCGGAAGUCAGAGGACACCUCGUCUAAUUACCAGAAAUUUUAAGAACUCACAUAUGCGACGGUGUUAACAGAAGUUGAACAUGCGUGGGUGAUGCUAUUUAGGCAGUUGAACAUGAAUUUUAGUCUUAAGCCCCUUUGUUUGAAAAUGUUUGAGUAGCAUGAAGCUCAGCAAUAAGAUAUUGAUCUGAAUGCUCUAGCUUUGUUCUAUCUUGUUGAAUCCCAGGGUUCAACAUUUGUUGAACUGAAAGGGAUUGUUAGAAAAUAGGCUUCCAGGAGGAUAAGUUAGCAUGUAUUCUUUGUUAAUAAAUUAACCCGAGUUAAUUUAUUAGCAAGGCAAUACCCAGAACUGAGUUAGGGCCCUUGUUCACUAAGACAUGAAUUACGUGUUGAGAUGACAGAAACAGGAUUAGUUUAUUCCUAGAAUUGAAAUCAUAGAAUCAUAGGUUGGAAAAGACCUCUAAGGUCAUUCAGUGCAACCUCCACCUGUCA